UUGAUGUAUACAAGAUAUUACGAUGCGGUAUUAAACUAGUGGGCGAAGAAAAUUAGACAGAUGACAGAAGUCAUCCGGCGAGCUGGGGAUGAUGAUUAAAACAGACCGCCCUCUUCCGUUGAUUAGCGCUACGCUCCAGUGUUCGUUCGGAUUGCUGGGCUUAAAAAGGCGCGUCGACGUCGACGCGGCCGGAAUCGAGGUCGAAGCACAAUGAGCGGAGCAGUCAUGGUGACAACACCGCGCUGGGAAGGGCUGGCGAUGAUGAGUGCUUCGCCGCAAGCGAGUAACGAGCCGUUCGGGACCACGGAAAACUCAACCUCGCUGCACAGUGAUGAUGAUGGGGACGGGGGUGGGUACAUGAGCUACGAUGUCUACGAUGUCUUCCCAAGGAGGCCGCUCGAGGUGGAGACCUUGAUCUCAGUGAUACUCUGGCUCAUCUGCUCUGUCACAGUCAUCGGAAAUGUCCUCGUGAUUUCAACCUUUGUCCGGGACAGGGAGUUGCGGCUGAAACCGGCCAACCUGUUUAUCUUGAAUCUCUCCGUGUCUGAUCUACUGAUCGGCCUGAUCUCGAUACCCUUCUUCAACGUCUGGCGUCACACGGAGAUGUGGCUAGCGGGCGAGGUGGCCUGCAAACUGUGGAACAUCGUGGACUACACGGCCACCACCCAGUCGGCGCUGGCUAUCGUGCUGAUCAGCUUCGACCGCUACAUGCUGGUGUCUAAAGGUCUGCAGUACCGGAAGUACAUCACGCUCAGGUUGACCCAGGGCCUGAUCGUAACCUCCUGGGUGUUUUCAUUCAGUCUUAACUCCAUUCCCAUCCUGUGCUCCGACAUCGUUCUGGAACCCUGGGUGGAGUACAACCAAGACUGCGACUUCGCUAUUCUUUACCAAUUUUCCUACAAACUGACCACCGCCAUGUUCUCUUUCGUCAUCCCUUUGAUCUUCCUCUCCAUCUUCAACAUCAUCGUCUACAACAACAUCCGUGCGCGGUCCCGUGGCUUCAAUCGGGGUCGUUCCUCCGGACUAAACAGCAGUGUCGCCAUAGCUCGCAGCAACAGCUCUCAGAGUAGAGGCAGCAGCGAGUACCGGAAACACCGAAAGGCGGCCAUUACCCUCGCCUUGAUCGUCGGGAUGUUCCUGACGUGCUGGUUACCCUGGUACGUCUACAAGCUGGCAAUAAUUGACAACGAAGCCGCAGAGAAUAGGGACCUGAUGGAUGGUUUUAUCUAUUUGCUCUGGGCGAACAGUGCCAUCAACCCGUUUCUGUACGCUGCCACCCACCCCCGGAUUCGCGCCGGACUCAUCGCUCGCAUCAUGUGCUGCGUGCCGCGAAACUGCCGGCCGGUCAGGGUCAGGGGUGGAUCGCGGUCCAACUCGGAUGACCCAAACGCGCAGACAGACCGAGCCAGACAUCGGACCAUCACACAAGGAUUGACUACUUGUUACAACGAAGACCAGUGCAAUAACCAAGGAUCAGCCGUUUGAACCGGGUUAGUCAACAAAAUAGAACAUGGUUUAAACUUUUCGGUACACUAGUUAGUCUUUAACUGACUAUUACGUUAACUGUACUUUAAAACCGCUCAUUGAAUUUGUCGAGAUAAGAAAUAUACUUAUGUACACAUUAGUAUGCGAAAUCAGCCAAAGCAAACAUUAACUCUUACCAAUUCUGCCCCACAAACGUUUUUCGUUUGAUGGAUUAGAACAAAAAUAUACAUUUCCUUUAAAAAAGGUCUCCCUGGCAAUAUUUCAGCCAAUAUCACAAAUUUUCAAGCUGAGUUUGCAUGAUUUUUAUUCUGAUGCCUUGCGCAUGUUUGGGCAUCGAUUUCAUAACAUUCGGACGUGCCGUUCUCGCAAAAUGGUCAAUUUUCGAACCCCAAAAGAAGACUUUUUUCCCAUUGACACUGCCGUGUGCAUGAAAGGCUUGCAGCGUACAUUAUGCAUACGAUAAUUUCAAUUGUUUUUUCUUUUGAUGCAAAAAAAAAGCAGACGUAAAAACCAUGGAUGAUUAUUGUCAACGUUCGUCAUGGGAAAGCCGAGAUUGUAGUACAUGACUUCCGCCCCUUGGCUCGAGAUGGUUAAAACAGGCUCUUAGAGAAAAACUCGCAGCCUUUUGCUUUCUGUAUAACAUUUUAUGAUGGAACAGAAAAGACAUAGGGCCUACCAUUGUAUUUAUCGUAUGCUUCUGUAUCUUUCUAAGCCCAUUACAAAGAAAAUGUGAAGCUACAAAAUUCCAAAACGCUAAUUAUUUCAUUAAUUACAUGUAUGUCACAAUCAAAUGUCACCUUCUUUAAAAUGAUGCGUCCACAUUAAGCAGAGGGCAUUUGUUCAUUACUUAUGUGACAAUAACAGUUUGCUUUGAAGUCGGUCGUGAGCAUCGUCGGUCUUUUCAGCAGCUUAGUAUACAGGG